CGCAUGCGUUGACGUAAAUGAGUGUUCAGGCUUUUUGUCGACGGCUGCCGAAGGCUGAGCUUCAUGCUCACUUGCAUGGUUCCAUAAGUACAAACACCAUGCAGAAGUUGAUCAACGAUGUUAGUCACACUGUAGACAAGAGUGAACGUGACGUGUGGAGCACAGUUAUCAACAAAGAAGGCAAAAGAACGUUACAUGAAUGUUUUGCUGUAUUCAAGAUGAUACAUGAACUAGUGACUUCAAAAGAGGCACUAUCGAUGGUGACAGGUGAUGUGAUUCGAGAGUUUGCUGAUGAUGGUGUUUGCUAUCUAGAACUGAGAACGACUCCGAGACCUCUUAAAGGUAUCUCUAAACGAGGGUAUGUUGACACUGUAGUUGCUGUCAUUCAAGAGGCCAGCAAUCACUUGGAAUUACCAGUCAAAUUGCUUCUUUCUAUUGAUCGUCGUCAAAGCUUAGAGGAAGCUCUAGAUACGGUAGAAAUGACAGCAGAAUAUCAACAAAAGGGUGACGGAGUUGUAGUUGGAAUUGACCUCAGUGGAGAUCCAACUAAAGGAGAUGCGACGACAUUCCUUCCUGCAUUGAGGAAAGCUCGUGAAGCUGGUCUGAAGGUGACACUUCAUGUAGCCGAGGUGCCUAAUGUUGCAGAGACUCUAUCUCUAUUGGAAUUUGGUCCAGAUAGAGUUGGUCAUGGCACAUGCCUGCAUCCAGCACAAGGAGGCUCCGAUGAGUUGGUAAAAUGCUUUGAGAGCAAGAAGAUCCCUUUGGAAGUUUGCCUUACAUCAAAUGUAAAAUGCAGGACCGUACAGUCAUACGAUGUCCAUCAUUUCAGGGACUGGUAUGAACGAGGUCAUCCCAUGGCUCUUUGUACUGAUGACAAGGGUGUCUUCUCGACAUCACUCUCUGAAGAAUAUUGUGUUGCACACAGCAAACUGAACAUGUCACAAGUAGAACUGUGGAAACUCUCUCUCUCGACUGUCGACUAUACGUUCGUAACUGAUGACCUAAAACGGCAGUUGAGGCACAAAUGGCAAGAUUGCAAACAAAAUUACUUCCAGCAAUAGUUAAGAACCAAGUCAUUGAAAGUUAGUGAAAUUUUCAAGUUAUCACUUUUAUUUCUCAUUCUUUGUUGUAGUUUGUAUAGUGCGAUUAAAGGUCUGUUUUAGUUUGCUAAAUUGCUAUAAGACAGCAAAGCCUAGAAACAAUCAGGUGUAUAGUAUGUCUCUAGUUAAAUGAUAACUGUCACCACCUUUUGUGCAAACUAACUACAUGUUGUUUGUGUCGUUAUGCCCCUCCAUGAUGGGCAAGUGGGGUCUUUACCCCCAUCUGGGCGCCCACCAACC